CAUUGUCUCACAAUCGGUGCACUCAUUGUCAUUGAGUUUGAAUUGCAUUCACAACACGUUUUCAUAGUAUUUCAUAAACAAUUAAAUCGGAUCUGAAUUUGAAAUAUUAGUUUUGAUCAUAAGUUAAACCAUUUGAAGCAAUCAUGAGUAAAGCACAUCCACCGGAACUCAAGAAGUACAUGGAUAAGCGAUUGUCACUGAAACUGAACGGCAACCGACAAAUCAAUGGUAUUUUGCGAGGAUUUGAUCCCUUCAUGAAUUUAGUGGUCGACGAAGCCGUCGAAGAGACCCGAAAGGGAGAGAAGAUUCCCAUCGGAAUGGUUGUCAUCAGAGGUAACGCCGUCGUCCUCCUCGAAUCAUUGGAUCGCAUCUGA